AUGGUAUUCACCACUAGUCCUACCUACGCCGAGGUUGUUGAAAUAAUUCGAUUCGAUUUGAAGUGGAUGGAGCCAAGUGAUGCAUGUGAGGAUGAAGGGCCCGACGAAGAUGUUGAUGAGGAUGGGCUAACGGUUAAAGAAGCCGCAGCUCACAAGAAGGUGGUGGGCCGUGCUCAUCGCCCAUCAUUGUUCCGAGAUCUUAGCCUUGCGAAUAAGGCUAUAGUUGAUGGUGGUAUUAGUAGAGUGCUUGAACCAAGGGUAUCCGCUAAAAAGGAUAGGAAACCCAAAAAGUAUGGGAUUAAUCCCGGAGUGAAAUUUCAAAGCUUGUUGGAAUUUCAAAUGUGGAUCAAGGACUACGCGGUUAAGUACCAUCGACCGUACAAGGUGGUUCACUCGGAUGCUAAGGUGCGCUACACAGUCAAGUGUGAGGACAAAGGAUGUUCGUGGGUUGUGCGUGCAAGACCAUUCAGAGGAGGGCCACAAUGGAGCAUUGUAACUUGCCAAUCUAUGCAUACAUGCAGUGGCAAGGAUAUCCGUGAUACCACAGUUGCGGAUGAUCACCGUCAAUUGUCCUCCGCUUUCAUUGCUUAUAGAGUUGCCAAUAACAUAAGGUCACUCCCUACAUAUACAAUUAAGGGGGUGAUAGACUUGAUAAAUGAACUAUUUGGUUACAAGGUGAAGUAUGGGAAGGCGUGGAAGGCCAAGCAAGCGGCAUUUAAGAUUUUGUAUGGUGAUUGGAAAGAAGCAUAUAACCGCCUCCCUAGGUUGUUGGGAGCUAUGGCGGCAAGAAACCCGGGAACAUAUCAUGUGGUGGAGCCUCUUGGAACAAAGACUAGGACUAUGAAAGGUGAAAGUGUCCGAGUAUUUGGCCGUGCAUUUUGGGCAUUCGGGCCAAGCAUAAGGGCAUUCAAGCAUUGCAGGCCGGUUAUAUCCAUUGAUGGCACAUUUUUGACCGGGAGGUUCAAGGGCACAAUGUUGGUUGCCAUAGCUCAUGACGCUGCGAACCAAUUGUUGCCUUUGGCUUUUGCUUUGGUAACUGUGGAGAACAAUGACAAUUGGGAAUGGUUCAUGCACCUAGUGAGGACAAAGGUUAUUGAACCGACCAGAGAGGUUUGCGUCAUCUCAGAUCGCCAUCAAGGGAUACUCAACGCAGUUGAGAAGGACAUUCCAGGGUGCGCUCGUGUGCACCAUCGAUGGUGCUCCAGGCAUUUCGUGUCCAACUUCUACAGAGCAUGUGGGAACAAAGAGCUUGCAGACGAUCUACAAGAUUGUUGUUUCGCUUUCACCGCUCGACAUUUUACUAAGUUGUACAACAGAUUGUAUGGUCUCACCAACGAUGGGGCAAGGAGUUUCUCAGAAGGAACAUGA